GUUAUUUCACUUUCACUUUCACUUCUGUGUUCAUGAAUACACCAACGAGAACAUGUUAUUGCAAAUAUGAUAACCACAAUUUUAAUUUUAUUCAUGCAGUUUUCCAUCGUAGCCCCUCAUUCUCUUCAUCGCCAUUGCAUCGCAACCCAAGGGACCUUGUAUCCGAAAAAUAUCCAGUUGGUAAUGAUAGAUGAUGUCAUUGUCUAUUACUACAACAGCAGUGCUGAACAAGAGGCCGUAGUGCCAGAAUGGUUGAACCACCCUGAGGGAAUUGAAUUUUGGCAGGAGGUUCAUCGAAAUCUGAAAUUUAAUCGAUAUGUAAUGGAUACUGCUGUGAGAGUAACAAGUGAACAUUACAAUCAUUCACAUGAUCACUUUUACCAAGCUCACGGACGCUGUGGAUGGAAGUCAGACGGAACCACAGAGGCCUUUAUGAGCCAUGCAUAUGACGGCAAGGACUUUGUCAGCUUCGAUGUAUCGACCAGAACAUGGACAGCUGCAGUUUCCCAUGCUGUUUUUUACAAAAGAAAAAGGGAAACAGAUUUAGAAGAUCUUGUUAGGCUGGUCAUUCAUUACGAAUCUGGAUGCAUCCGUUGGCUGAAGAAACUGUUAGAGUUUAGCGUUACAGUUCGAGAACCCAAAGUCCCUGCGGUGAGUCUGUUUGAAAGACCGCCUCAUGGCAACUCCGAGGUGGAGGUCACAUGUCAUGUGACAGGGUUCUACCCUCGGGCGGUGCAGGUGGAGUGGCUGGGGGCAGAGGGGCUUCCCAUGGUAGACGGGGUGAACAGUGGGGAGGUGCUGUCCAACGGAGACGGGUCAUACCAGCUGAGGAAGAGCCUGACUGUCCCACAGGAAGCCCAGGACACCCAGAGCUACAGCUGCCUGGUGCUCCACAGCAGUAUAGCUGGGAACAUCACAGUAACCUGGGCGCCAAAGAAGAACCUGGCCAAUGUGCUCAUGGCUAUAGUCAUCAUUGUAUCUGUAGUCUUGAUACUCACUGUCCUAUUCAAGUAUUUAGUAUGGAGGAGAGCAGUAGCACAAAACCCAGAGUAAGAGGAUGACCAACGAUGAAUGAGAAAAGUCUGUAUGCAUUUGAUGCUCUAUGCAACCCUAAAGUAAUUUACAAAAUGUUAGACUUGCUGCUUUUGUUGUUGAUGCUCUCUAUACAACCUGAAAGUCAUUUACAUAAUGUUAGAAUUGCUGCUUUUGUUGUUGUGGUUGAUGCUCUAUACAACCUUAAAGUCAUUUAUAAAUGUUAAAGUUGCUGCUUUUUUUCUUGUGGUUGAUGCUCUAUACAACCCUAAAGUCAUUUAUAAAUGUUAAAAUUGCUGCUUUUGUUGUGGUUGAUGUUACAUUUUUUUUUUGUCCUGUUCUUAUUUUACGAGCUGAAAGAUGUAAUCUAAACAACAAAUAAACAUUUGAGUAUAUCAUUGAA